CCCCCGGUGAUCAUUGUUGAUGAAGGCCCUGCCUCCGGGGCGAAUGAGGACAUGCAGGUGGCGAAAGUGCCGCCGGGAGUUCAGGGGCCAUCUUCCGAGGUCCUCAUGGUUUCCCUCCCGGCUGGUACGGCCGUGAUGAACGGUACGGCCGACCCGAGGGCGCUUCUGAGAGGCAUCACCCUCGAGAUUGACAGAGUAGCCCUCGGGGCUGAUGAAGACGAAGCCCUCGAGGACAGGAUCCUCCGGUCUUCCCUCACAACCUGCAUUGCCCUCGGGGAGCAAGCCCGGCGGCUAGAGGAGUGGCGCCUUCGCAAGGCCGAGCAGGAGGCCAAGAUGCGGGAGCUCAUCCGCCAGAAUGCAGACGCUGUUCGGCAGAUGGCUAUGCUGGAGGAGAGCCUUCGGCAGAUGACCCUGCGGGCGGAGGCCGCAGAUCGGGGUAGGGCAGAAGCCGAGAGGUCCGCAGCUGAGGCUUUG